CCCUCUUUAGGCAAGGAAGGGUUGCCUGUAAAAAUCCAUGAAAGCAUCCAUCCGUGAAAACCUUCUCUUUUCCUGAUCGAACUUUUCGAAAUGUCCGCUGCCAGACCUGUCAUCAACGUCUACGCCGAUAGUGGUAAGAACGUCGCUAGCACCGUUCCUCUCCCUGCCGUCUUCAAGGCCCCCAUUCGUCCUGAUAUCGUCAACUUUGUUCACACCAACAUGGCCAAGAACAAGCGUCAACCUCACUCUGUCUCUGCCAAGGCUGGUGAACAAACCUCUGCCGAAUCUUGGGGUACCGGUCGUGCCGUUGCUCGUAUUCCCCGUGUUAACGGUUCUGGUACUCACCGUGCUGGUCAAGCCGCUUUCGGUAACAUGUGUCGUGGCGGUCGUAUGUUCGCUCCUACCAAGACCUGGAGAAAGUGGCAAGUCAAGACCAACUUGAACCAAAAGCGUUUCGCCACUGCUUCCGCUUUGGCCGCUUCUGCUCUUCCCUCUUUAGUCAUGGCUCGUGGUCACCGUGUUGAAAAGAUUGAAGAAGUUCCUCUUGUCAUUGACGACUCCAUUGAAAAGUUGACCAAGACCAAGGAAGCCGUUGCUUUGUUGAAGGCCAUCAACGCCUACUCUGACGUUGUCAAGGUCUCCAACUCUCGUAAGCUCCGUGCUGGUCAAGGUAAGCUCCGUAACCGCCGCCACCGUCAACGCCGUGGUCCUCUCGUUAUCUACAACGAAGACAACGGUCUCGUCAAGGCUUUCCGCAACUUGCCCGGUCUUGAAUUGGUCAACGUUCGUCGCCUUAACUUGUUGCAAUUGGCUCCUGGUGGUCACCUUGGUCGUUUCAUCAUCUGGACCAAGUCUGCUUUCGCUCUCCUUGAUGAACUCUACGGUACUUAUGAAGCUCCUGCUACUUUGAAGAAGGACUACGUCUUGCCCGCUCACAUCAUGACCAACCCCGAUGUUGCUCGUCUCAUCAACUCUGAUGAAAUCCAAUCCGUUGUUCGCCCUGCUGGCGGUAAGCACCACAAGCGUCCUUUCACCCAAAAGAAGAACCCUCUCAAGAACCAAGGUGUCAUGAACCGCCUCAACCCUUACGCUCAAGUCCUUCGUCGUGCUGAAAUCAUCAAGUCCCAAAAGACUGGUAAGGUCGCCAAGGUUGAAAAGAAGAAGGGUGCUUCUACUGCUGCCAGCAAGAAGUUCUUGGAUAUCCUCCACUCUGCUUAAAUUUAAUAGCUUAAAAUAAAAAACUCGAUCGCGUUUUGUUUGCUCGGAC